GUCCGUCGAAGGGUGGAACGAUUGGUGGGAUCACGAAGUCUGGACCGUUGCCCCAAAGCCUAGAGCACCGUACGAAAUCUUCAAGUACGCAUUCAAACCAAUCUUGCCUUGACCAUCGCCGAGAUGGAGUUCAAGGCUGUUGGCCUAGAGGAUAUGAUCGUACUUUGUGAUGAAGAUGGGGAAAUUCACAGUCACUACGACGGGAUCAAGGAGCUUCUUGACUCGGAAGACGAUACAUAUCGUGAGGACAGGGGUUCGGGGAGAAAGAUCAUUCGCCAGGAGUGCCGUUUUGUGGAGGUGGACGAUUGAGGCGAAGAGAUGAGGAGGUCGAGUAGCAUGAGAGAGGGAUGUAUCUGAUCAGGAC